UGACUUAUAUUCCUUUUGCAUUUUCUCUCUUUGAGAUUGCUUCUUUAGAACAGAUUACUGGAUCCAAGCAGAGUAGUUAAGAAUGUCUCUGGGCAGUGAUGACGGCAGCUCAAAUGAACAGGCUUCAAAAAAAACCACUACGGUUAAUAACCAAACCGUGGAGGAUUCCUCAAAAACAGGAUCAGUUCCACUAACUACGAGACCUUCAGGUAGUUCAAUAUCACUGAAUGCUUCUAAAUUUCCUAUUCCUUCCACAAACAAUAUUAGAAGACAAGCGAAGCCCGUGCAACCAGGAACUGGAUCCGGGUCAGGUAUAAAUGCAGUUCAUGUUUCAGCUGCUAGAGAAAUGGUUCAGCUACAUACGAGGGGCAGGGCCCCGCCUGGUCAGCAAUUGGCAUCGUUGUCACAAUCACAAGUUCAUAAAAAACUGCAAUUUCCGGUCCCUUCGAGGUCGACUAAUAGUUUAGAGACUGGUCCCUUGAGCCCUAAAAGGGGAUUGGCAUCAUCAAAUGUUAUACAUGCUAACAGUUCAUCAUCUUCAUUUCCAAAGAAUGUUUCUAUACCCGCAAAGAGCCAUGAGGGUGAAUGUACUAAUCCACAAUGUGCACAUUGUGGGCAAGUCAUAAUACCCUCACCUAAAUCGUCAUUUCCAAUACAAGACAAGCCGUCGAUUUCGGUUAAUGAUUGGAGUAUUUUCACGAUCAAAAAGCCUAUUUUGAAUUCUCCUGAAUUAGAUUAUUUGAAUGAUAACAGAUUUGAUUUUCCAUUACCAGAAAUGAUAUUUGGGAAUAAUCAUGUUAAAUUAGUUAAUGAAAAAUUGCAUGAAGUAAUUGAAUUCAAUGCUCUUGAUGCAUUAGAUUCUUUGGAGGCUCAAUCUAGCUUGAAAGUCAGCUACCAUAAAGAAUGGUUGAGUUCAAGAAGAUCAACAUCUUCGCCAAAUAGUGAUGCUCUUGAUAAAUCGGAAAAGGCAUUAAAAGAUAACUCAAAUAGAGAUUUGAAAAAACUCACGGAUUUGGAAUCAGUAAAGCCUUACGACUGGACAUAUUCCACUAACUAUAAAGGUACGUUGGAAAAUAUUAAGUUUUACCCAACUAAUGAAAAGAUCCCAAUUGAUAGAUUACUCAGACCUGAUCCAAUUCUAUUCUUUGACGAAUCAAUUCUUUUUGAGGAUGAAUUGGGCGAUAACGGUAUCUCUAUAUUAUCAACUAAAAUACGAGUAAUGCCCUUAUGUCUUUUAUUAUUAUGUCGUUUUUUCUUAAGAAUCGAUAAUGUUAUAUUUAGAGUACGUGAUACCAGGAUUUUCAUCGAUUUAGAAACCAACUCAGUCUUACGAGAAUAUAAAGAACAAGAAUGUCCCUACGACGAGUUAUUACGUAAAGUUGGAUCCAAAAAUUCCAAUGAUCCAAAAAGCCUACUUAGAGAUACUAAUUGGGUCGCUCAAAACAUACCAGUUUUAAAAGUUGAAACAGAAUCAAAUGUUCCUCCUGUGUCUUCCCAAAUCUCCACAGAAGAAUAACUAAUAAUUGUAUAGGCUAUAGAUUCAUUUAUACAACCCCAAUAUUACGUUCUAAGUUAUACCCG